AUGGCCGGAAUGUCAGCCGUAAUAAUGGUUAUUUGUGUUUUACCGUCGAUGCUGCUGGUGGCCAAAGAUAUUACUUCACCGGUAAUAAGGUUACCGUCAGAAGCAAGUAUAGAAGGGAAGAACGAGUGCUCAGGGACGGUGGCAGCGUCGUCGUCGUCGUCAUGGUGUCCUGUGAAGUGUUUUCGGACGAAUCCGGUAUGUGGCGUGGACGGCGUGACGUACUGGUGUGGUUGUGCUGAAGCUGCAUGCGCUGGUGUGAAAGUUGGGAAGAUGGGGUUCUGUGAAGUAGGAAAUGGCGGUUCGGAUCCUCUGUCUGCUCAGGCAUUUCUUCUUCUGCAUAUUGUGUGGCUUAUUGUUCUUGCAUUUUCUGUCCUUUUUGGUCUUUUUUAG